CUUUUACUUAAAUGCACAACCAUAUGUUAAAGAAUCAAACUAUUACUUCCUCUUCUUGAUUGCCAUCUUCUUAAACUUUCUGCUUACCUAAGUUAGCACUAGAAGUUGCAUUCAUGCUCAUCCUCCAUAUUAACCAAGUGAAGUAACACUCACGCAAAGCAAGAAUUAUUUGAACACCACACACACACAAAUGUUAACUAGCUAGAUUUCAUACUAGCAAACUACCAAUCCCAUCACAAACUAGCACUUCCUUUUCUUCAUUGAAAUGUCAUCAAGCUCAUGUGGCUCCAAAUGCUCAAUGAAUCAGCUGAAAAACAUUGAGGAAGACCGUCCGGCGAUCUGGCUUCCAACGACAUGUCUCCAACCCGAAUCUUCAACGGAGUCCGUGGAGUUCCUUGCAAGGUCAUGGAGUCUUUCAGCCAUGCAGCUCUCCAAAAUUCUUCCCCCCGCACAAAUUGCAUCAAAACAUGUUGGGAAGCCACCUUUGUAUUCUGUUAUUCCUGAAGCAACCCCUGCACGCUCUGCAGUAUCUAAUGAAACUCAAUUCCAAAUGUUACCAAGUGCAGAUAGUCCUCCAAUAUCUCCUAGAGGAAGUGAUGAAAAGGAAUUGUUUUUACUUCAUCAAGCUCUCAACCCUGAUUUCCUGUCUAGUCAACAAUUGCUCAAAAAUGGGCUUUACAGGAACAUCAUGAGAGGAAAGACUAUUGGUAGAUGGAUAAAAGAUCAAAAGGAGAGGAAGAAGCAGGAGCUCAGAACUCACAAUGCCCAACUGCACGCGGCGGUGUCUGUGGCCGGUGUUGCUGCUGCUGUGGCGGCUCUGGCUGCCUCAUCGGCAACAUCUCCCGAAAAGUACUCAACUGUCCAAAACAAGGCACCUUCCAAGACAACUGCUGCAAUUGCAUCUGCGGCAGCUAUUGUAGCCUCCCACUGCAUUGACAUUGCAGAGGACAUGGGGGCUGAUCAUGACCAAAUCUUAUCGGUUGUCAGUUCUGCGAUUAACGCAAGGACUAAUGGCGAUAUCAUGACCCUAACAGCUGGCGCAGCUACUGCCUUGAGAGGGGCUGCCACACUAAGAGCUAGGCUGCAAAAGGGGUAUGGAACUACAUCCAUUGCUCUGGCUGAGGAACAGGUUGAAGAAGGCAAAGAAUCAAGUGUGACAACAGCAUUGAACUUUGUUUCUAAAGGUGGGGAACUUCUCAAGCGAACGAGAAAAGGAGCUCUCCACUGGAAGCAAGUCUCCUUCAACAUAAAUUCAAAUUGGCAGGUGGUAGCUAAAAUGAAGAGUAAGCACAUGGCAGGGGCAUUCACAAAGAAAAAAAAAUUUUUGGUGUAUGGAAUCUACUGUGACAUCCCAGCAUGGAGUGGAAGAGAGAGGGAAGAAAGCAAUGAGGAGAGGGCUUACUUUGGCAUAAAAACAGCUGACAGGAUAAUUGAAUUCGAAUGCAGAAGCAAAGAUGAGAAGGAGAUGUGGGUGGUGGGAAUUCAACAUAUGCUCAACUGCAGACCAACAUAAUAUGAUUUUAAUAGAAAGAAAUAAAUAGAAGUUGUUAAAUACAAAUGAGCAUGGCAAGUGAUUUGUAUCUCUAGCUUUUCUAAGAAUUAAUCCAACAUAAAGCAAGAUUUUUCUAUACACAAAAUUCUAUAAUUCCUAAUGAAUUUAGUUUUGAAGUAUCUGAAAAUAAGAUAAGCAGCCAUUAUCAAUUAACUUUGUGCCUAUUCAAUAAAUUCGCGAACAAUAUACUAAUGAAUACCAUACGAACUUACAAUAGUAUUUAUUACAUUGGUCACUCUUUCUGAAAUUAUUACAAUAGUCACUCUUCUUUCACCUGGUUACAAAUGACACUAAUAGUUAUAUAUAGACAACCUAAAAUGUAUUACAAUUAAUGCUUAAUAUUUAAUUUCGAAAACUGUACACCUAAAUAUCUAUUAUUUAUCAUUCUCUAAUCUUCUGCAAUCUACUAAAUUUUUACAUAUUUUUCAAUGUUGUAGAAUCCUUCAUCUCACUAUAAUAAUUAAUACUUUCUUAUAACUUAUAAUAGGAUAAAAUGCAAAAAACCCCCCUGAAUUUUGGAGAAAUUUGUAACUAACCCCCUGAAUUACCAAAAUUGCAGAAAACCCCCUGAACUAUACAAAAAAGUUGCAGAUCACCCCCAUCCAGCCAAGGUUCAGUGAGAAUUGGCUGUCAAAUUUAGUUGAUUUUUUUAAAAAUACCAUAUUGCCCUUAGAAGCAUGAAAAGACAUGAGUGCCCUUAAUUUCUAACAAUUUAACUCCAAUAUCCCAUCCCAGUCAACAAAGCCAAACAUGGCUUUAACCUCGUGAUUUGGUCUGUUUUGCUGCCGACGAACCCAGAAACGGCGCCGACUAGGUAUCUGGCGAGACCCGGCCAAACAAAUUCCGGUCAUUGAUUCGGGCAUAGAAACAUAUAUAUAUAUAUAUAUAUAUAUAUAUAUAUAUAGAGAGAGAGAGAGAGAGAGAGAGAGAGAGAGAGAGAAAAUUAUAUAUUGUGGGCUGCUUGAUAUAUCAGAAAAUACAGAGAGCUUGAGGAACUCAACAAAGAGAUUCAGCAACCAAGCCAAUCGGAGUGCAUCAAUGAUCGACCAUCCGGAAAAAUUCUCAGUCGUACUUUUCUAGUUAUAUCAUCUUGGGUUGGUAGGUGCGUCACCGAAACAAAGAUUCUAGUUUCGGCGAGAAGCUUUUGACCAUCACCGACCAAACCCAAAAGCUUAUGACCAUCAGUGCAUCACCGACCAAACCGUUUCUAUGCCCGAAGUUAUAUAUAUAUAUA